AUGGCCGCAUCCCAGUCGAUCCACCUGGAGACGUCCAAACCAAGGUCGGUAGAGACAUUGGAAUUGGCUGUACGGCAGCCUCUGCCGGGAUCGUCAUUUUCCGUGAAUGUCUUGGUCGAAGAACCCCCGCGGAAUACAGAAGAUGCGCAGCGUAGAUACUUCAGCAGGGAUAAUCAAGAGACACUCGAAGAUGUCAUGAGAUUGAACGAGUCAUCCCUCGCACCCGUAGAUAGGGGAUUCCGAGCAUGGGCAUUCAUUUUCAGCGCGUUCUUGAUAGAGGGGAUCGUCUGGGGAUUUCCUGAUGCGUUCGGUGUUUUCCUCGCCUCGUACCUAAACGACCCCCACUUUCAAGCACAGAAGGGUUACUCUUCGUUAUUGCCCUUCAUCGGGACGUUAUCUAGCGGAUUGAUAUAUUUUGCCGGCCCUAUUGUCUAUUCCGCCAACAUUCGCUACCCUUACCUUCGCCGGCAUGCCGUGUUCCUGGGCACUGUCAUAUGCUUCGCUAGCCUUUUUGGCGCUAGCUAUGCUAGAUCGGUCCAGCAGCUUGUGCUCUUACAGGGUGUCCUGUACGCUAUCGGAGGGUCGCUAGCCUAUCACCCUUGCGUGUCCUACACAUCCGAAUGGUUCAUGGCUCGACGAGGUCUUGCAAAUGGAAUUAUCUUCGCUGGUACUGCUGUCGGAGGGCUCAUAUUUCCUCUAGUGUUGCCCCUCUUGAUCAACAAAUAUGGCGCACCGGGGACUCUCCGCAUCAUGGCUGUAGCUGUCCUUUGUGUUGUGCUUCCGGUCUUCCCCUUCAUUAGGGGUCGACUCCCCGAGUCUCGUGUUCAUGGACCCACCGCACGAUCGAUGGACUUCUCUUGGUUAAGAAGUUGGAUAUUCUGGCUGCUUAUGCUGGUUAACGUCGUGCAAGCCUUUGCAUACUUCGUCCCCCUCCUCUGGCUACCCAAGAUACAUGUCAGCGACACCAGCGCAUCUCUGGCACUGGCAUUGCUGAAGGGUACAUCGGUCGUUGCCCGUCUCACUAUGGGCAUGCUUGUUGACCGGGUGGAUCCGUGGCUCCUGGCGUCUGCCACACUUGCAUGCACGUCUGCGGCGACAUUUGUAUUGUGGGGAGUCCUCUCGCAUAACCUGGGAGGGCUCCUCGCCUAUGGUGCCGCUUACGGUUCUCUUGCGUGUGGAUGGCCCAGCCUCUGGGCUGGCUUCAUUCGCCCAAUCGCUCGCGACGAUCCGAGACUUGUGACGCAUAUCUUUGGCACCCUGAUGCUUGGCCGUGACCUAGGACAGGUCCUGUCCACGCCUAUCUCGACAUCUCUCUCGCACGGCUCUUCGUCGUCGACAUGGCAUAUCAGAAGCGGGUUCGAUGUAGCUGGUGGUCGGUUCGAGAAGAUGAUCGUGUAUGUAGAGACGUUGGAAUUAGCGGCGAGACAUCCUCUACCGGGCUCCUCGUCUUCCUUGAAUGUGUCCAUCCAGGAAGUACAGCACAAUAUCGGGCAUCAGGGUGAGCAGCGCAUAGGCUCGGACUCAAAUGGCGGCAGUCAAGAAACAAUCGAGGACAUACUGAGAUUGAACGAGUCGUCUCUGGCACCCGUCGAUAGGGGAUUUAGAGCGUGGGCAUUUAUCUUCAGUGCGUUCUUGAUAGAAGGCACCAUCUGGGGAUUCCCAGACACCUUCGGUGUCUUCCUGGCAUCUUACCUGAACGACCCGCAAUAUGAGUCGCAGAAAGACUCAUCCUCGCUCCUACCCUUCGUGGGGAACCUUUCCUCUGGAUUGAUGUACUUCUCCGGCCCUCUGGUUUACUCCGCUAUUGUUCGCUACCCCUAUCUUCGCCGGUAUGCCGUCCUGUGCGGGACCUUGAUAUGUUUCGUGAGCCUAUUUGGCGCGAGUUAUGCCAAAACGGUCGGGCAGCUUGUGGCCCUGCAAGGCGUCCUCUACGCUGUCGGAGGAUCACUCGUCUAUCACCCAUGCGUAUCUUACACAUCGGAAUGGUUCGUUGCUCGACGUGGUCUAGCCAACGGAAUUAUCUUCGCCGGUACCGCCGUCGGAGGUCUCGUGCUACCCCUAGUGCUACCACGCUUGUUGAGCAAGUACGGUGCACCAACUACCCUUCGGAUCGUUGCUGUAGCUGUGCUAUGCAUUGUGCUACCAAUUUUCCCGUUCAUCAGGGGUCGGCUCCCGGAGUCUCGGAUUCAUGGUCCGACUGCACGAUCGAUGGACUACUCUUGGCUGAGAAGUUGGAUGUUCUGGCUGAUCAUGUUGCUCAAUGCACUACAGGCUUUUGCGUACUUCGUUCCUAUCCUCUGGCUACCCACCUUUGCGACCGAGAUGCAUGUGAAAGAUACCAGCGCAUCUCUGGCAUUAGCAUUGCUCAAUGGUACAUCCGUCUUCGCUCGUCUCACCAUGGGUGUGCUCGUGGACCGAGUUAGUCCAUGGAUCUUGGCCUCUGCGACUCUUCUCUCUACCUCCAUUGCGACGUUUGUGCUAUGGGGGAUCCUCUCACACAAUCUAGGAGGGCUCCUGGCCUAUGGCGUCGCUUACGGCACUCUUGCCAGUGGAUGGUCCAGCCUCUGGGCAGGAUUCGCCCGCCCGAUCGCCCGAGAUGAUCCUAGACUCAUCAUGCACGUCUUCGGCAUGCUCAUGGUCGGCCGCGGCCUGGGACAGGUUCUCUCGACACCUAUCUCGACCUCCCUCUCACGCAGCGUUUCUAACUCAACAUGGCAUCCCAGAACCGGAUUUGACGUUGCUGGCGCUUCGCUCUCCGAGAGCACUUGCCUGAGUGUGGUCAAGGAGGUGGACGCUCUUACAGCGUUCGGAGAAAGCAGUUAUGCUGCGAGAACCCUGAUUACCCGCCCGACGCUACGGCAUGUUGAUGAAGGGAUAGCUAUGCUGGUCCAGUUCCUUAGAGAUCCUGCUUAUGACCUUCCUGCAGCCCUAUGCCUGAGAGAGGUGAUUCAUAGUAUUCUCUGCAUGGGUCUAUACGUCAAAGUUCAGUCGCAUUUCGACCGGGCGGUGAUUGAAGGCCUCUGGUGGCAGGCUGCCGUGUCCUCCGAUCCCGUCUCUCGGCGGGCCCUUCUGAGAUUGUUGAGGGCUAUAUAUGGCAUUGCUAAGGUUUUAUCUGAGGCCGGAUGGGACCCUCCUUCCGAUUUGUAUGCUGGUCAGACGUGGACAUGGCAUUGCCUUUGGAUGCCUCUGUUUCGAUUCAGGGUACAAUUCCCCGACGUUCUCUGGCGAAUACCCUUGGAUUAUUUGGAAGGUCUCUGUACGACCUUCUCGAAUAAUGGCAACUACGCACCCUAUAUUGUAUUGGAUGGUGUUUCUCAGUCCCUGGACGUAGUGCGAUUAACAGAGCUCCUACCUGCGGAGGGCCAUCGCGGCAAAGCUAGCGAGCGUGACCCAGUGGGAGAUUUAUUGCAGGAGAUCGCUGUUUCGCCGUCGAAUAUGUACGGUAUUCCCGAGUACUGA